CUACGGUCCUGCCUGGUCUCCGCGUGAGUCCCCGGGUUCUGCCGAGCCUUGCCAGCCUUGCUUGGGACGCCCCCUAGGCGAGGGGUCGCGCAGGGGCUGUGGGAACUGGAUGGGCAAAGCUGUCUAUCCCUGGGCCCAGUCAUUCCUGCUGGCUCCCAACGCAGAGCCGGAGCCCAGAAACGGAGUUGUCGGGUUUCCUUUGACCUUGGGAAGCCGAGAAGGUUAUCUGCACCAUGGCGAUGAAUAAUGUCCGAUUACUUGCUGGUGUUUUAAGAAAGACAGAUGCCUGGAUUGGACUCUGGGGUGUGCUCCGAGGGACAUUUUGUACACACAAACGCUGUACCUCCUGGAAUCGAUACUUGUAUUUUUCAAGUACUGAGUUAAAUAUAUCAGAUUAUAAAGCACUUUCCCAUAAUAUGUUCUCACUGAGAAUCCCAUCUCCUGAACAUAUUUUUCCAUUUUUCAUAAGACCGAAAAGUAAUGUAAGCUCUAAAAAUUCUACUAAAAAGUCUCCACAAAAAGUAGAGGAUGAAGAGGACUCUGAUACAGAAAAGGAUCGUGAUGAAAUGAGUGAGGCAGAAGAGGAGCUUGAGGACGACUCUGGCGUGGUCAGAGACUACAAAGACCUGGAGAAAGCAGUGCCAUCGUUUCGAUAUGAUGUGAUCUUGAAGACAGGCCUAGAUAUUGGGAGGAACAAAGUGGAAGAUGCAUUCUACAAAGGUGAACUCAGGCUGAAUGGAGAAAAAUUAUGGAAGAAAAGCAGAACGGUGAAAGUGGGAGAUACACUGGAUCUUCUCAUUGAAGGGAACAAAGAGGCAGGAACAGAGACGGUGAUGCGAAUUCUCCUGAGAAAAGCCUCUGAAGAGAAGACUGCAAAUGAAAAGUACCGAGUGGUGUUGCGACGCUGGAAGAGGCUAGAGUUGCCUAAGAAGAAUAUGUCUAAAUAAAUGGAUUGCAUUCUAAUGAUAAAGCUGCUUUUUAGUGGUAGGGGAAAGGGCCAAAUCAACAGGAGGACAUUUUUAUUAAAAUAAAGUUCUCUUACCAUUUGUGGAA